AUGGAUAUAGCAGCGGAAAAUAUGCUUUUAAAUCAUAGUUCGCCUCAGAAAAGCUCCCGUACCAAAAGAAGAAAGCUAAACAAUUUAACUAUAUCACCAGUUAAUCCACAACAAAUUAACGAUAUUAUAAGCAAAUUAUCUAUGCCUAUGAGGUCAGUUCAUGUUGCACAACAGUAUGCGAAUUGUUUAAAUGCAAUGAAUUAUAUUGGUGGAGUACAAGCAUAUGCAAAACUUGCAGGAGCAACAUGGACAUAUUAUGUUAAAGCACUUAGUGUCACGAUAGGAAGAGAGUCUGACCGUACAGCAUCUGAAAAUGAAUCUCAUGCAGAAUUUAAUAUCCAUGUUGAUUUGGAUCUCGGUCCGGCUAAAAUUGUCAGUCGGAAACAUGCAAUUAUUGAAUAUGAUCUUCAAGGACGAUUUUGGGAAUGCAUAGUUUAUGGGAGAAAUGGUAUUAGAAUCGAUAAUAAACUUUAUAGGGAUAAUAAAAGAGUAAAAUUGUCUAGUGGAAACAUUCUUGAAAUUGGUGGUGUUCAAAUGAUGUUUGUAUUACCAGAUUCUGUUCCAAAAAUUUCUCUAAAUGCACUUAACUAUAAUAAAAAUGAUAUAUACGAUGACUAUGAUCAAACUUGUAAGAAUUCUUAUAAUAAAGAAACAUUAUUUUCAUCAGGCUAUAAAAGACCUUAUAAAAAAGAAUCUCAUGGGGAUAAUUCUGUUUCUGCAUACUAUCUUACUACGUCUUCAACGGAAUAUGAAAAUAACGAGUCUUCUCUUGAAAGAGAUUUAAGCCUUGAUUCAGCUAAAGAUAUUAAGCCUCCAUAUAGCUAUGCUACAAUGAUUGCUCAAGCGAUUAUGUCAACAGAAGAAGGGAAAUUAACACUAUCUGGUAUUUAUUCAUGGAUUUCAAGCAAUUAUGCAUAUUAUAGAUUUUCUAAAAGUGGCUGGCAAAAUUCAAUAAGACAUAAUCUUUCACUUAACAGGGCUUUUCGUAAAGUUCCUCGCCGUGCAGAUGAACCUGGAAAAGGAAUGAAAUGGCAAGUAAGCCCGGAAUAUCGUGAAGAACUUAUAGAAAGAACCAAGAAACAAGGAUUACAUCGUAGAAUCAGAUCUCUUAAUUCUUCAACAAAUAUAAAUACAUCGAACUCUAAAAUUUCGCUAAUACCAUUAGAACCAUUAAUCCAGAAAAAUAAAACAAUUCCGAAUCCACCACUAACUCCAGUUUUCUCAAAAUAUUCAAACGUAAGAGAUCAAAACGAGCAUUUUUCAGAAGAUAAAACAAGCUAUGAUUCCAAUUCUCAACUGUUUUCAUAUGGGAAUCAAACAAAUAUAAUAGUUACAACACCUCCUCCUGCAACAUCACCUAUAUAUCCAUAUCAAUAUACAUCUAUCAUAAAACAGCAAAACUCUUCUACGCCAGAUCAUGGUGAUCCCGUCUCAAAAGGAUCAAUAUCAACAUCAUCAAAUCAUAUUAGCAUCAAUAAUUAUUCAUAUUAUCCUACGUCAUCACCAGCACCCUUUUGGAGGUAUAUGGUUAGUUCUUCUGUAAAUAAUACACCAAAAAAGAACACGGAAAAUACUGGGUAUUCAUAUUCUUCAUCACCACCUGUAUCUAUUUCUCAAAAAACAAUCUCGAAAUCCGAUUUGAUAGACUUUGAUAAUAUAGAAAAUAUUCUCGAUCUUCAGGGCGUAGAUUUGGCUAAAGGAUUUGAAAAUAUUAGCAAAUGGAGAGAAAAUCAACUCGGAGGUAUAAUAGACCCAAUAAUUCACACUCAUAAUGUACCAGAACACCAUAUUUAA